AAGGCUCGGCCUUGGUGCCCACGUGAGCUGUGCUAGCUAGGUAGCAGGUGCGUCGACUGGCAGCUGGCGUGUGGGUUGGUUGUUGUAUGCUUCCUGGAGUGGGCAGAAUAAAUCGAAUCCCGCUUCAGAGAAGGACACUGCACACCAACCCGGCGUCAUCCACGCAUAGAAGGGCCUGGUGGGCACCGGUGAUGCGCGAAGUCGGGUGAAGGAACCAGGCGGAGCUCAUGGAGGCAGGGCGUGGCGAUGACGGUGCUGCCAAAACCGAGGAACGAAAAGUGCUGGAGCUUGCUGAGUGUGAAGGACUCCCUCGCGAGAUGACUGAAUCGGACGGUGUCACGGAGCACGUGUUCCAGAGGAUGGACUUCCUGUGGAGGGCGUCGAACUGUCUUCGCCUGGUCAGCCCCGCGGUCUCCAGGAUAUACUCGGACCAGCUGCGCAAGCUCUGUGCGGAGUAUGAAGCCCGGCGGCCAGGAAGCGGCCCCUUGCUCCCGGAAUGGGUGUCAGACUCAUUGUGCAACUCUUGUGGAGGCAUACUGACCCCGGGGAUAACCUGCCGCAUUCGAGUCCGUCACCGUUCGUUGGCUUCACCUAGCGUGAAGAAGGCCAAGGCUAAAACCAGGGUGGAGAAAACCAACACCAACAAGUGUCGCAACGAAGUGGUAACAACGUGCUUGACGUGCGGCGGAAUCAACACUCGAGGAGGAACGGAACGGCAAGCUCGCGACAAGAAACGACGCCGGAGGGGAGGCAGCAGGGGCAGGAAACAAGCCGUUAGGGAUUCUGGGGAGGGAAUCGAAGCUCUGAAGGGCAAGAAGAGGAACAGGGAUGCUGCCACCCUUCGUGGGGACUAUAUCCCGCUUGGGGGGGGGAGCUUGGCAACACCACCCACAAUCCCCUCGCGGAAAAGAGUUGCCCAAACGCCGUCAUCAAACAAGAGGGUCGGCGGCAGCGAGAGCGGCAAUGGUGACGGUGACAGCGGCGCUAGCAAGAGCGUUCACCACAACAGGAGGGGGAAAUCUGGUGGCAGUGGCAGCGGCGGUGAUGCUAUUAGUGCUAGCGGUGAGGAGGGGAAGGGGGAAGCAGGAGUCGCGCCGCCAGCGCUGAGCUUGCUCGAGAGAAUACGCCGGGACAAGAAGAAGAAGCGACGCCAUGAUGCUGCUUCUGCAGCUGCAACAGCAGAGUGA